AGACUAAUCAACAAAUUAUGUCAUCACUUGAUAUCACACAAAACUACUUCGUGCACUUAAAAAUUAUGCUUGUUUAAUUUAGGUGGAGAGAUUAUAUGAUUCCGGUAGGUUUUGACCUUUGACUUAUCAUUUUUAUUCUUAGGAGUUCAUACUACGGUCAGAAAUAAAUGAAAACAACACUUGCGUCAUAGCAUAGUGAUAUGUACCAAGAGUAUAAAAUGAAUUAUGUUAUGAAAGGUGGUAGCUGUUUAUAGCACUAUGUCAACUUUUUUGUUUUGACAUUUGACAAUUUCUACCAUCGGUGGCCUAAUUUUCAAAAUGGCAGGUGCAAUGUUUUAAAUGCAGAUGUUAAUGAAUUAAUUUGAACAUUUUUUUAUACGAAGAUGAAUUUUCUAUCGCUUUGGAUUGUAUUAAUUCCCGUUAUUCGUAACGGUUUCACAGACGAUGACAUUCCGAAUACAACAGUGUUCCCUACGUCUACAUUACGAAGAAUUCGGAAUCAUAGAUUAUCCAUGUUACGAAGUUACGUUCUAGAAAGUCUGGGCUUUUCAUCACCACCUAGAAUAACCCAUCGACAAAACGUAAUGGCCGUUUUAAACGCAUAUCAGAAUAGACGAAUAGUUCAAAGUAGAUGUUAUUUACCGUCAUGUUCUAUUUCCAACAGAAUUAAUUUGACAAUGUGGAUGGAUACAAAUGCCAAUGAAAUGAACCUGUAUUUUGAUGUUAUUACCUCUGAUGUCAAUAGUGAUGAACAAAUUAUAAAUGCGACUUUAAAAUUGCGGGUAAAACCAAGACCAGUUUGUCUUGACUGUGGUGUUGAACAAGGUGAUGAAAGAUUCAUCGUUACGCCGUAUCAGUAUGUUAAACCUCUCAGGCGAAAAAGAAAAACAAGAAUGAUGGAUGUCAAAAUGAUACGUUGGUCCGAAUCGACAUCUUGGCUAGCUUUUGAUGUUAUUGAAGCCGCAAGGGACUGGCUGUCGGAAUCGAAGAAGAAUAAUGGAAUUGCAAUCAAAAUACAGACCAUGACGGGAGUUAUUAAUAUAACAGAAGUGUUUAGUCCGAAUGAUUGUGCCGCACAUACAGAUAUUGACUGCAGCAUUGUUGAUACCCCGUUUCAUUUUCAAGGCACGCCUAACGCUAUCUUAGAAAUAUUCACCGAGAAAAACAUAUUCAGGUAGAAACUGGCUCAUAUGACUUUUGAUGUAUUGUUAUUUGUUUUUUAAUCAAACUUUUUUUUUAAUAAAUUAUGUUCAAAAUUG